AUGUCCGAUUGGGGCAUGGUAUUUGUGGCAGUGGUACUGUUUGUUCUAUUAUCGCCAGGACUUCUGUUUCAAGUCCCAGGACACCAAAGAUGUGUGGAGUUCGGCAACUUCCAAACCAGUGGUGCGGCCAUCAUGCUUCAUGCCUUGCUCUACUUUGCUCUCUUAAGUGUUUUCUUACUAGCUAUUAAGGCCGCAGGGCAGGGCAUCACCUUCUUGUUUCUUGCCCCACUACCAGUCCAGUCCUGGGAGAAAGGCGACAAUUAUUCUCUUUCUUUAUGCUCCUUAUCCAUUGAAGUAGAAUACCCUGCUAUCUUUCGGUUCUCAAAUCAUUCUGGCGCAACAAAAUGGAAAUUAAGAUGCUCACCAAAUGUGCUUGCAAAACCUCAAUUAAAGAGCUAUGUCAAGAGUUCGGGAAACUCAGAAGUAAUGAUUGCUGGUGAUUCAGAAUGUGAGGCAGAGCAUGUAGAUGAUGCAUGCACCUCAAACUCAAGAGGUUCUUGUAAUAAUAUGCAUCAGCAGAAUGAUUCCCAGUCCAUACAAAGUCCGCAUCAGAAGAAGAAUCUGACAGUUAUUCCAAAAACUUUUGUUGGCACCAAGAUAUUUGAUGGAAAAACGGNAGUUAUUCCAAAAACUUUUGUUGGCACCGAGAUAUUUGAUGGAAAAACAGUUAAUGUAGUUGAUGGAUUGAAACUGUACGAAGAACUAUUUGAUGAAUCAGUAGUUUCAAAAAUUGUUAUAUUGGUAAAUGAUUUGAGAGCUACGGGGAGAAGAGGACAGUUACAAGGCAAGUUCUCCAAUGCAUUCUCUCUAUUUGGACAUGGCUCAUGUCUUUGUUCAUUUUCCUUUUGA